AAAGAGAGAGAAAGAGAAUCUCUGCGCACUGUAUACAGCUACAAUCAUAAUACAUACUUUAUUUAUAAUCAGUUUUAUUGUUUGUUUCGCGCGAAUGAUCUUCGGGCUUGCGCGCGCGAGACAAUCUAAAUAUUUGUAGAAGUAGAAUAUCGUAUCGGCUUGUUUAAUCUAGCUUUGACAUUGCCAGCGAAUGUUUACAUAUCCGAUUUGUCGUUCGUCGUCAUCGAUGCGUAUAUCGAGCGGAUAAAAAGAUUAUUGCAAAUCUUUAGAUAUAAUAAUGGGUAAUGCGGGAAGCAAUCAACCAGUCAGUCAUCAUCAUGGAAAUGUAGCAAGCAGAGAGCAUCGAUGUAACAAAGAUCAUCCUCCACCCUCUCCAGGAAAGGAAGGCCAAGCAUUUGUCUUUGACAAAAAACCUCGAAAAGCCUCUGCAAAAAAUCUCUUUUAUUCUUCCCAAGAGGAAGAAGAGCCAUACUUUGCAAAAAAUAACCAACAAGAAAGAGAGGAUUUUGGCUCACGACCAAGAUCCAACACAGUCUCCGAAGGAACAAAAGUUGCAGACAGUAAAGUAUUACCGACAGUUUUCAAAUGGGAAGGAGGAGGGAAGCAAGUAUAUAUUAGCGGCACAUUUACUGGAUGGAAAACGUUGCCAAUGGUAAAGAGCCAUGGGGAUUUUGUCACAAUAAUUGAUCUGCCCGAGGGAGAGCAUCAAUAUAAGUUUUUCGUUGAUGGAGAAUGGAGGCAUGAUCCUGGACUGAAAAUUGUAGAUAAUGGCAUGGGCUCUAAAAACAAUUUAGUCUCUGUAAGGAAAUCUGAUUUUGAAGUAUUUCAAGCUCUCGCAAAAGACAGCGAGGGUGUUAGUAGUAGUACUCAAACAGAAUAUGGACAAGAAAUACCACCACAUAAGCCUUGGGAGAAAGUAGCUGGUCCGCCUAUCUUACCACCGCACCUGUUACAAGUUAUUCUUAACAAGGAUACACCGCUAUCCUGCGAGCCUACUCUUCUACCUGAACCAAAUCACGUUAUGCUAAAUCAUCUUUAUGCUUUAAGUAUUAAGGACAGUGUAAUGGUCUUAUCAGCUACGCAUCGCUAUCGCAAAAAGUAUGUUACUACUUUGCUUUAUAAACCAAUUUAAUAUUAAGUCAUUCCCGUAUUUUUUUGGUGCUGCUUGUUUCUUAACUAUCAUAAAGUAGUAUAGGUGCCAAGACACGAUUGAUGCGUAAAGCGAAAUUUUGGAGGUCAGGGUAUAUUACAAUAUUCAAAAAUGUUCGUUUGUCGCUAUGGUUAUUAUACCUCAGUCAUGUGUAAAAUAAUGUAAUUAUUAUUUAUUAAAGCCAAAUAUUUUAUA